AUGGCCUCAUAUGGUAGCAGCGGUCCAAAUCGAAGAAGUCAGAGCUCUAAUACAUUCAUUUCAGGUGCUUCUCAAUAUGAAAUUGCACCCACUUGUUCGUGUGGAGCCAAAGCAGUUGUUAGAACAGUUAAGAAGAAAGGAAGGAACCUUGGGAAGCUAUUUUGGGGAUGUAGAUACUUUGUGAGUGAACCUGAUAAUGUUGGGUGCAACUUUUUUGAGUGGUAUGAGAACCAUUACAAUGAUGAAACCAACCCAGGGAUUCAUGCUUCAGUAAUUUCCAAAUGUUCCAAAUGUGAAGAAAAAGAUGUAGAAAUAAAGAUGCUUAGAAGGGCCUCUGCAAAGGAUGACAAUGAGAUGCUGAAGAAUUGCAUAAAAAUGAUGAAGCUACAAGUCUAUGUCAUUAUGUUUUUAGUUAUGCUUGUUGUAGGGUUGAUGUUUACUUUGAUCAAGCAAUGGUGA